AUGGAUCCUAUCAAAUAUUUCACAUUUUCUAUGAUUAUCUCUAUUUCAGGUAUUCGGGGAAUCCUCCUUAAUAGACGAAAUAUUCCUAUUAUGUCAAUGCCAAUUGAAUCAAUGUUAUUAGCUGUGAAUUCGAACUUUUUGGUAUUUUCUGUUUCUUCGGAUGAUAUGAUGGGUCAAUCAUUUGCUUCAUUGGUUCCAACGGUGGCAGCUGCGGAAUCUGCUAUUGGGUUAGCUAUUUUCGUUAUUACUUUCCGAGUCCGAGGGACUAUUGCUGUAGAAUCUAUUAAUAGCAUUCAAGGGUCAGGGCCUUUCUCGCUGGGCGAAUUGAGUUCCACGAAUAUGCAGGCUAGAAAGAUGCUAUUUGCUGCUAUUCUAUCUAUUUGUGCAUCAAGUUCGAAGAAGAUCUCAAUUUAUAAUGAAGAAAUGAUAGUAGCUCUAUGUUUUAUAGGCUUUAUCAUAUUCAGUCGGAAGAGUUUAGGUAAUACUUUCAAAGUGACUCUCGACGGGAGAAUCCAGGCUAUUCAGGAAGAAUCGCAGCAAUUCCCCAAUCCUAACGAAGUAGUUCCUCCGGAAUCCAAUGAACAACAACGAUUACUUAGGAUCAGCUUGCGAAUUUGCGGCACCGUAGUAGAAUCAUUACCAAUGGCACGCUGUGCGCCUAAGUGCGAAAAGACAGUGCAAGCUUUGUUAUGCCGAAACCUAAAUGUUAAGUCAGCAACACUUCCAAAUGCCACUUCUUCCCGUCGCAUCCGUCUUCAGGACGAUAUAGCCAUAAAGAUGCACGUCUUAGUGGGGAAAAGAUUUUGCCCCCGGUGUAGCUCGAAAGCAGAAAGAGUCGAAUUCAUUCGAGAGAGCUUGGUGGUCUUAAGAAUGGUUCGGGUGGGGGAUUCUCUUAAGAAUAAAGAAUUCGAAUAGAAUCUAAUUCAUGUUCAUGUUAACAGAAGAGCGGAUCCAAUACCAAGACGCU